CUCUGCUCGGACCUUUUCGGGUCCUGUCUGUUUUAAAUCGCUCGUUCUGUUUCUCGGCUGGUCGAUAUGAGCUACGAUCCUUCAUGAAGCUCACGGAUGAGAGACGCCGUUCAUGACGCUAUCUCCGGUAAUCCCGUCAAACGCGACGCUUCCGGCGGGACUGUGAUGUGAUCCCCGUCAGUCUGCUGCUUCACGCGCAUCUCUACCGGACACAUGAUGGAUGAUUCGGGAAUAAUCAGACGCAGGCGUUUGCAGGAUCUUCCUCUGCCGCGCAAGAACAGCAGUUGCCGUAGUAACAGGAAGAGUCUGAUACUGACCUCCACCUCCCCGACUCUGCCUCGCCCACAUUCACCGUUACCGGGACACAUUGGCAGUAGUCCUCUAGACAGCCCUCGCAAUUUCUCUCCCAGCACACCUGCACAUUUCUCCUUUGCUUCCUCGAGGAGAGAUGGACGUCGAUGGUCACUGGCAUCUCUUCCUUCUUCUGGCUAUGGCACAAACACACCCAGUUCAACGUCUUCCAGUUCCUCACAGGAGCGUUUGCAUCAGUUACCGUCUCAGCCCACCAUGGAUGAGCUUCAUUUCCUCUCUAAACACUUUGGCAGUACAGAGAGCAUCACUGAUGAUGAUGGAGGACGUUGUUCUCCCCACAUAAGACCACGCUCACGCAGUCUGAGUCCUGGUCGCUCUCACUCCUGCUAUGACAAUGAGAUUGUCAUGAUGAAUCAUGUUUACAGGGAACGUUUCCCUAAGGCCACAGCGCAGAUGGAGGGCAGGUUGUGUGAUUUCAUUCAGUCUUAUGCUCCUGAAAACACCCUGCCAUUGGCUGAUGGGGUCCUGAGCUUCAUCCAUCAUCAGAUCAUCGAGCUGUCCAGAGACUGCCUGACCAAGUCCGGUGAAGGUCUCAUCACCUCCGUCUACUUCUUUGAACUGCAGGAGAACCUGGAGAAACUUCUGGACGAUGCAUACGAGCGCUCAGAGAGCUCAGAGUUGACUUUUGUCACAGAGUUGGUGAAGAAACUUCUCUUCAUCAUCGCUCGACCUGCUCGACUUCUGGAGUGUUUGGAGUUUAAUCCUGAAGAGUUUUAUCAUCUGCUGGAGGCGGCUGAAGAUCAAGCUAAAGAAGGACAUCUGAUGAAGACCGACAUCCCACGAUACAUCAUCAGUCAGCUGGGUCUGACCCGAGAUCCUCUUCAGGAAAUGGUCAGUCGUGGACAAUAUGAGAGCGAGGGAGCCCUCACAUCCGAGACCAGCGAUUCACAAGAGGGAAAAAUGAAACCAAUGAAACCUCCUGGAGAGGUAGAUUUCCAAACCAUCAAACUGAUCAGCAAUGGAGCCUAUGGUGCGGUGUAUUUGGUUCGUCAUCUGGAGACUCAACAACGCUUCGCCAUGAAGAAAAUCAACAAACAGAAUCUGAUCCUGAGGAACCAAAUCCAGCAGGCGUUUGUGGAGCGAGAUAUCCUGACCUUCGCUGAGAACCCGUUUGUGGUCAGCAUGUUCUGCUCAUUUGAGACCAGACGACAUCUCUGUAUGGUGAUGGAGUAUGUGGAGGGAGGAGACUGCGCGACGCUGCUGAAGAACAUAGGUGCUCUGCCCGUGGAGAUGGCACGCAUGUAUUUCGCUGAGACCGUCCUGGCGCUCGAGUACAUUCAUAACUACGGCAUUGUGCAUCGAGAUCUCAAACCUGACAAUUUGUUGAUCACGUCAAUGGGUCACAUUAAACUCACUGAUUUCGGUUUAUCUAAAAUGGGUCUAAUGAGUCUCACCACAAACCUGUAUGAGGGACACAUCGAGAAGGACACCAGGGAGUUCCUUGAUAAACAGGUUUGUGGGACGCCAGAGUACAUCGCCCCCGAGGUGAUUCUGCGUCAGGGAUACGGGAAACCGGUGGACUGGUGGGCUAUGGGCAUCAUCCUCUACGAGUUUCUGGUGGGCUGCGUGCCGUUCUUCGGUGACACACCUGAGGAACUGUUUGGUCAGGUCAUCUCGGAUGAGAUUGUGUGGCCGGGGGAGGAUGAAGCUCUUCCUGCUGAUGCGCAGCACCUGAUCUCAUCUCUCCUGCAGACCAAUCCACUGCUCAGACUCGGCACAGGUGGAGCGUUUGAAGUAAAACAGCACUCGUUCUUCUGUGAUCUGGACUGGAGCGGUCUCCUUCGACAGAAAGCCGAGUUUAUUCCUCACCUGGACUCGGAGGAAGACACCAGUUACUUUGACACGCGAUCGGAGCGAUAUCAUCACGUUCAAACGUAUGACGAGGACGACACGAAUGAAGAUGAGCCUGUAGAAAUUCACCGUUUCUCCUCCUGUUCUCCACGCUUUAGCAAGGUCUACAGUAGUAUGGAGCAUCUAUCCCAGCUCGAGCCCAAACCUGUGGUGAUCCGUAGAGAACCCAAAGCUCAUAGAGAAGAUCGAGGGAAAAGAGAGAGUUUGGGCAGUGUGACCCUGAGAGAUAAGAGCUGGAGGACCGGAUCUCCUGAGAUGAAGCGUUUGUCUUGUUCUGAAUCCUCCUUCACCGAAUCAGACUCCAGUCCUCCUGGUGCUCGCCGGCGUUUCUCAGCUCUGGUGGACACGCACCGCUUUGUUUCUCCUCUAGAGGGCGACAAUGAGAUGACCGCCCGACAGCCGAUGGUUAAAUCCAGAGGUUCAUCACUGGAGGGAGCCAGCGUGACCGUCGGCUCUGGACUGCCUGAGUCCACAUCUACUCCAUCAGUAACACAUCCUGCAGACAAACUUCUGCGGCCGGCUGAUGUUACCACGGCAACAGCACCGCUUCACGUGCCCGAAUCGUUCAGUCCUCGAGUCGGAACUGAGGUCAUCUUACGAAGAGCUCGACAUCAUCAGCUCCCGACUGACGCAGAAAAACAUGCACCCACUCGCUCCGGCGCCAAGGUCAUAAAAUCAGCAUCUGCCACGGCUCUGUCUGUCAUUAUACCUGCAGUCGAACCGCAUGGCACGUCUCCAUUGGCCAGUCCCAUGUCUCCUCGCUCCAUCUCAUCCAAUCCUUCGUCUCGUGAUUCAUCUCCGAGUCGCGACUACUCACCAACGGUCAGUGCCCUGAGGUCACCAAUCACAAUUCAGCGUUCGGGAAAGAAGUAUGGCUUCACGCUGCGUGCCAUCAGAGUCUACAUGGGUGACUCAAACGUGUACAGCGUCCACCACAUGGUCUGGCAUGUGGAGAGUGGCGGCCCUGCUGAGGAGGCGGGACUUUGUGCCGGUGACCUCAUAACCCAUGUGAACGGAGAGUCUGUGCACGGAUUGGUCCACACAGAGGUGGUGGAGCUCAUUCUCAAGAGCGGCAGCAAGGUAAUGGUGACCACGACUCCAUUUGAAAACACAUCUAUAAAGAUCGGCCCAGCUCGAAAGCUCAGCUACAAAGCCAAGAUGGCAAGACGUGUCAAGAAGUCCGCUAAAGAUGGACAGGAGAGUAAGAAGCAAAGCUCUCUGCUUCGUAAGAUCACUAAACAGUCCAACUUGCUCCACACCAGUCGCAGUUUGUCGUCUCUGAAUCGCUCGCUGUCAUCUGGAGACAGUCUGCCUGGAUCACCGACACACAACCUAUCUGCACGCUCACCCACACAGACAUACCGCUCACUUCCAGACUCCGCCUACAUCGGCACUUCAUCUCAGAGCAGUUCUCCAGCGUCCAGCACGCCAAACUCUCCCGCAACGUCUCAACACAUGCGGCCGAGUUCGUUGUAUGGCCUGUCUCCUAAACUCCACCGGCAGUAUCGCUCCGCCCGCUGCAAAUCUGCCGGAAACAUUCCUCUGUCCCCGCUGGCUCACACUCCGUCCCCCACUUCCUCUUCCCCUCCACCCAUUGCCGGACACACUGUCGGCAGCUCCAACACCACCCAGGCGUUCCCCGGCAAGCUCCAUGCCUCUCCUCCGAUUACACGGCCUCGGCCAAAGAGUGCGGAACCGCCCCGAUCUCCUCUCCUUCAGCGGGUUCAGUCUGCAGAGAAACUCGGACCGCCUGCUCCAUCAUCAUCCUCGUCUUCCAUGGGCUCGGAGCGGAAGGGCGGACUUUGCGUGUCAAUGCGGAAACACGGUCUGGAUGUCGUGCACGCGGAAUACCGCCGGGAUUCGUUUCACUGCGAGCAUGCCUUGCAGAGUCUGGUGGAGAUUGAGGGAGAGAAUACACCCGGGAACCCACCCUCUCCACCCCAUCAGACUACUGCUUACAUACCCGGCACGGACGCGAUGCGUAAGACAUGCCAGCUCAUGAAUCAGGAUGUAAAAACUGAACUUACAACAACCACUGAUACUGUGAAUGUUAAAGCAAACUUAUCAGACCCUGUCAAGUCCACUGGGAAGGAGAAAGGUGUCGCUAAGUCUGAAAACACAGUCGUUAUCAAUUCUGGAGGAAAAGAAGCAGGCAGGGAUGUAGGAAAGGGUCAGUCAGUCGGUACAGAUACGUCUGGCAAGACCACAGACCGGACACCGAUGAGUCAGACCACUGGAGGACAGGAAACCAAACCUAAAAGCCUUCAAACCGAAGAUCCUAAAAGCUCAGAGAGAAGCAAAGAUGCAGGAAAAACCUCUUUAUUGCAAACAACUUCCCCAGAGACCGGCAAGUCAUUUAAACUCUCUCAAAAGGCAGAGGUGAACGUCACAGGGCCUUCUUCAGUCGCAACUAAAGUUUUAGGACCACAGGUGUUAGAGGCGGGAUUUGCUCAAUCUAAAUCUACUGAACCAAGAGUUCAAACUCCAACCAAAUGUCCUCAGGAUGAAAGGCGUCAGGAGACUCCUGCCUCUCCAUCUCCAACUGCCCGCUCACCUUCCGCAAGCAAAUCACGAGCCGGGUCUCCAGGUGACAGGUCUAGCUUUGUAACGCAGCUCACCAGCGUGGCUAAAACUGUUUUGGGACCCAUGAAGUUGGGUUCUCAGGAUAGCGGGAAAGGAAAGGACGGCGGCUCCAAAUCCAACGAGGACAAGCGAGCCGCCACUUUGGGAAAGUCCGAAGCCUCGUCCGGUAGUCGGCGCGGGUUGACGGGAACCUGGCCCGGCCCUGGAUCCUCAAAAGCAGAAAAAUCAUCUAAGAGCUCUUCGAAGCAUUUAUAAGAUUUCAAAUGGGACCCGUUCUCUGUAUUUAUUCAAAAGCAGACCGUUCAAAAGACGCCACAGCCAUCAAACCAAGUGAAAAUUUGCAUGUGCGACAUGCAAAAGAAAAAAGGUGCUUCAAAAUGACUGUUGUCAGAUGUGUUUGUGCAUAUGGCUUAUGAAUCUAUGCAUCAUCGUAUGUGGAUGUAGAACAAACCUGUAUGUCUCUCUUGCAUGUUACGUGAAUAUUGUGAACAGAAGAGUCAAAAAAUACGAUGAAGACCUAAUGCUAGUGAAUACUGCACAUUCAAUCUGUAGAGGACUCAUAUCAGUCUGUCAGAUUUAGAAAUCAGACGUAGUUCAAAUGUUUAAGUUAUCAUCUCGCUCCAACAUUAACACUAACCUAAUACCACUAACAGAAAGCUUAACCUGAGAUCUGUAAAUGUUUAAACUGUGCGAAAGAGAAAAAGCUUUUAAAACCCGAGAUGAGUUUUAGCAAAAGAGAGACAGGUGCUCAUACCUGCUGUUCUUGUUAUAUUUGCACUGAAGAGAUCCUGCAAAAAUUGAUGUGAAAUCAGAUGCACAUCUCUUAUUGUGCACAGUUUAUUGUUUUUAGUCUUUAUCUUUUCCCUUUUAUAUGUGUUUUCGCUGACGUUACUAGAAAGUUUAUCCAAUAAUUGUUAUUUCUGCAUUGUUUUGACCUUUAAUUAAGAUUGCAAAAUUCUGGAAAUUUUCAAGGCUGAAAACUUUCCAUUGGAAUUAAUGGGAAUAUAUGGGAAUUAACGGGAAUAAAUGGGAAUAAAUUGGGAAUUUGAAUAAAUGCAGAGUUGCCUAUAACAGGGAACUUAAAUGUAGUUAAAAAAUCUUGCAGCUUAAUUUAGUUUAAAACAAUAAGAUUUAAUGCAAUUUAUAUAUAUAUAUAUAUAUAUAUAUAUAUAUAUAUAUAUACACUUGAUGAGUGUAAUAGUGCAUUCCCACCAGCGGCGGUAGAGGCGGCAAACAUGCGCGAUUUGCGCAUAGUUGGACGCUUGAACGUUUGAGUUCACACGCUUCAUUCGCAUGUGAAAGCUGUGCGUGAAAUUCUAGUCAUUCGAGACAUUAACGUGGAAAUUUACAUCAUGGGAGGGGCUUCUUCGACUCCGCUGAGACUCCGCCACUCCGCUCGCUUCCUGUAAUCACGUCACUUCUACAGCAAGGUCCUGAUUUGUUAACGUGGCUUGUUAUGUUUCUAUAUGAUACAGUUUAUAUAAACUCCUCUAAAUUUCCAAACAAUUCCCAUAAAUUCCCAUCCAUGUUCAAGUUCAGAAUUUUGAAUAUUUCCAAAAAUUCCCCAGAUUAAGUUGACAUGUAAAUUUUUCGGAAAUUUACCGGAAACUUUCCGCUCCUUUGCAACCCUACCUUUAACCUUGCCAGUAGCUACAGUAAUUUAACACAGAUUCUUAUAAAGAUCAUGUGGAAAUUUAUCUUCAACCUCCACAUCUCUCUGAAAUGUUUGUUUUGGAUAGAUGAAAGGUUUAUAUAUUUACAAUGAGCAUCAUAAGAUAAACCCUUAAUGAAAUGAAAUCUUAUGUGUAAUUGUGAUGUCAUGAUGAUAGAGUUUAUUAUAUGUCAGUAAAUGCACUGUGGAUUAUAGACUUGAAUUCUUACAGAUCUGAUAGUAUAUGCAUAAGAGUUUGUUUGAAGAUUUGAGGUUGUAGAUGAUGUUUAAAUGUAUGUAUUCCAUUUAAAGGGCCCAUAUUUAGCAAAAUCCAGUUUUACAAGGUGUUUGGACAUAAAUGUGUGUUGGCAGUGUGUGAAUACAACAACCCAACAUUAGUCCUCAUUAAACCAAAGCAGUCUCAUUAGACAUGCCAUUUGAUUCACUUGAUAAUGUGAUGUCACACCAAUAAAGCCCCGCCCACAGCCACUGACUGACUUGUUAAUUUUACCCAAAAUAUUUCUAAAUUUGUCUGUUAGCACAUCUAAUGUGGCUAAAGAUACUAUUUUUUUUUAACCAAAAGCGCUCACUGUCUGUUGGUGAGGGAGUGAGGAGCUGUAGCUCAUUUGCAUUUAAAGGUAUAGACAAGAAAACAGCGCAUUUUUGGACAUGCUAUAACAAAUAAUCUGUGGGGUAUUUUGAGCUGAAACUUCACAGACACAUUCUAGACACACCUGCGACUUAUAUUACAUCUUGUAAAAUGGGCAUAAUAUGUGCCCUUUAAAACCAUUUAGGGCUUUUCAUUCACUUUUACUACAUGAUGAUCUUAAAUUCCCAUUUUUGUAGCUUGAAACAUCUGGUGGUUUGUUUCUGGUUUCACUUCACACGAGAAGCUAAUCUGUAUAGACGAAUCACGAGACCACUCGCUCUCUUGUCUGUAAGAUGAUGUUUCUGGUGCCAUUUACCGCAGUGGUUCUUCCAAAUCCAAUCAUCUGUGUGUUCACUGAGUGUUUUUUGCCAAUAAAGGACUUUACACUUUACCCAAAGUAACAAGACACUGACGGCCUGGAAUUUACACUAAAUGAAAAAGUAACAUGGUGUUAUAGUGUUUUUUUUUUUUUUUUAGAUGUGUAACAUGAUAAUACCAUGUUUUUAGACAUGCACUAUAGUCUCAUAGUGUUAAGACCAUGGUGGAUGACAAUGAAUUAACAAUCUGAUAGCAUCAUUCUAACACAACACCGUUUCGUAAGGUUAACUCUGUGUUUUUAUAUUUGGGUAGUGUGUAUGUGACCUUUGACCUGUUUUCAGAUUGAUUUGUGCUGUUGUGUGUGUGUAUGCGCGCGUGUGUAAAGAUGUAAUUUGUUUAGAUUGUGUAGACAUAGUGUUACUCAAGCAAUGAUGUUAAAGAUGCACUUUAUUGAUUUACCUCUUUAUAUUUAUUUAUUUAUAACUUUUUUUGAAAGAUUUUGUUUGUUUAUUAAAAGGGGAAGAUGUUUAUUCCUCUUUAAAACUUCUCAUGCUGCUCUGCAUAAAUCUUCCUUAAUCUCAACACAUUUUAAUAUGAUUUUAUACAUUCAUUUCUUUAUAUCAGUGUUUAUUAUUUUUAAAUGAUUUUUCACCUCAGGCAAUGUAGUAAUAAUCAAUGCAUUUAAAAUAAUGAAUAAAGUGCAGUAAUAGUAAUAAUAAAAGGCCUGAAAUGAGUCAAUAACUGCUUUUGUUUUAAUUUUUUUGUGUGUGAGGUUAUAAAUCAAAUCGUUUUGGGGUUGCUUUAAGGUGCAGUGUGUAGAUUUUUGGCAGCAUCUAGUGGUAAGACACUGAAUUGUAACCAAUGGCUCAG